CAGUCAGUUCACUCUGCGUGAAGUAUUCGGUUGAAAAUGGUUUCCAAUCAAGUCAAGUUCUCGGGAUAUUUCUAUCCUCCCCAUGUGCCCUUGUUCGUGCCGAAGAACAACGGGCAAAUCUUCUACGAUGUGCCUCAGCAUUUCCUGGUCGAUCGGUACAGGCCCAUAGGGGAAAGUUUGAUGAACCGAUUUGGUGCCAACGCCAGCGUGCGUAUUCCAAUCAAAGCCAUUGAAACGCCAAACAUCAACUUUGCCAUGGCCAUUCCUCGGCGAGGCGACUUUUCUCUGUUCAACCAAGCACAUCGUGAAGUGGCCAGCCAGUUGAUUCAGCUCUUCAAUGAUCAACCUGAUGCGGAUACGCUCUGCGCGGUGUGCGCCUAUUCACGUGACCGAUUGAAUGCUCCACUUUUCCAGUAUGCAUUGUCGGUGGCACUGCAGCAUCGACCGGAUACUAGAGACGUAACGGUUCCAUCAUUUUUGCACACGUUUCCGGAUAGGUUCGUUGAUCCAUCAAUUUUUCCACGAAUGCGAGAGGAAGGUCGAAUCGUGAGUCAAGGAGAACGGAUGGCAAUCGACAUUCCGAUGAGUUUUACUGCCCAGGAAAGUGAGCCAGAGCAAAGACUGGCCUACUUUCGCGAGGAUAUCGGUGUUAACCUACACCAUUGGCAUUGGCAUUUGGUUUAUCCAGCUGUAGGCCCCCGGGAAAUUGUGGACAAGGAUCGGCGAGGAGAACUGUUUUACUAUUUUCAUAGCCAAAUGGUGGCUCGUUACCAUGCUGAACGAUUUUGCAAUGGUCUAGGACGGGUAGUGCCUUAUAACAAAUUACGAGAACCUAUCAAGGAGCCUUACUAUCCAAAAAUUUUGAGAAGCGCGAAUAACAGAACUCAUCCAGCAAGAUACAAAGGAAUGGUGCUGAGUGACGUUAAUCGUUCAAAUGAUCAAGUGAAUAUUACAAUAGCGGAAAUGGAGACACAGCUGAACAGGAUAAUUCAGUCCAUUAAUAAAGGAUUUGCCAUAGGGACUAACGGCGAACGCAUCCCACUGGAUAAUCCAAAAGGUAUCAACGUGCUUGGAAACAUUUUAGAAAGCUCUAUACUGAGUCCGAAUAAGGAUUUCUAUGGGGAUGUGCACAACAAUGGUCACAUAAUGCUUUCGUAUAUCCACGAUCCAGACGGUACAUAUUUAGAAAGCUUCGGAGUAAUGGGUGAUGUAACAACGGCCAUGCGGGAUCCAAUAUUCUUCCGGUGGCAUUUGUAUGUCGAUCAAAUUCUUAGAAACCAUAAGAAUCGUUUUUCACCCUACACGUAUCCAGAUUUGGCUUAUCAGGGCAUAACACUUUUAAAGCUUGAAACAAGACUUCAACGGAAAGGUUCGCCUAACAACUUGUGGUUGACAUUUUGGCAACGGACACAAAUUGAUCUUGGAACCGGUCUAGAUUUUGGUCCCGAAGGAAAUGUGUUUGCGACGUUUACCCAUCUCCAGCAUGCGCCAUUUCUGUAUCAACUGCAAGUCAUCAACAUCUACGACAGGAAACUUCGCGGAACGGUUCGUAUCUACCUAGCCCCCAAGUAUGAUGAAAAAGGACUCCAACUAACAUUCGAAGAACAACGUCUAUAUGCCAUAGAGCUAGACACAUUCAGAAUAUCAAUGAACCCUGGAAUCAAUAACAUCAUCCGAAGAUCCGACCAAUCCAGCGUAACCAUUCCUUACGAGAGAACAUUCCGCAACAUAUCGGAAUCAAACGCUUCCGGUAGUGACCAAUUCCGGUUCUGUAACUGUGGCUGGCCUGAACACAUGAUCAUCCCGAAGGGAUCGGUUGAAGGAGUUACGUACGAUCUGUUUGCGAUGAUUUCCAACUACAGUGGUGACGCCGUAGACGUUGACUAUGAUGAAACCAAAAAUUGCGACGAUUCGCAUUCGUUCUGUGGACUUCGUGAUCGUAUCUACCCGGAUGCGCGCAACAUGGGAUAUCCAUUCGAUCGCCGUGCCUGCCCUGAUGUUAAGCACUUUGUUGAUUUUAUAGCACCGUACCGGAACAUGACUGUGACGACGGUGAAAAUUAGAUUCACAAACACGAUUGUCGCAACGGAAUGUUCUUCACUCAGUCGAUCAUUAUUAACGAUGGCAUCCAGUACCACAAAAUUCCUUGGACUCCUACAGCGUCCGUACGAGCCCAUGUUCCUGCCAAAAUCCAACGGGCAGGUCUACUUCGAUCUUCCCGAAAGUUACCUGACCGAUCGUUAUCGCACAAUAGGGCAAUCGCUACAGAGUCGCUUUGGUACCAAUGUCUCAACAAGGAUUCCGCUGCAAAACAUCACUCCUCCCGAUCUAAGCUUUGCUCAGUCGGUUCCACGUCGAGGAGGAUUUUCCGUUUUCAACCAGCGUGACCGCCGAGCUGCUGGACAGUUGAUAGAACUAUUUCUGAACCAGAGCAACCCUGACAUGCUAUUCGCAGUGGCUGCUUAUUGCAGAGAUCGAUUGAAUGGACCACUUUUCCAGUACUCACUAUCGGUAGCCUUGCAGCAUCGUCCGGAUACAGCCAAUGUUCCGGUGCCGAGUUUUCUGGAGCUGUUUCCCGACAGGUUUAUCGAAGCGUCUACAUUUCCACAGUUGCAGGAAGAAGGAAGGAUCGUCAAUCAAGGAGAUAGGAUGGCGGUCGAUAUCCCGGUGAAUAAUACCGCAUCGGAUCGUGAACCGGAACAAAAACUAGCGUACUGGCGGGAGGAUGUCGGUGUCAACCUUCAUCACUGGCACUGGCAUUUGAUAUAUCCCGGCGAGGGGCCUGACAGAGUAGUUCGAAAAGAUCGUCGUGGCGAACUGUUCUAUUACAUGCACCAACAAAUUCAAGGCCGAUACAACAUUGAACGAUUCUGCAAUGGCUUACCAAGGGUGCAGUCCUUGGCGCACUUCCGAGAUCCAAUUCCGGAAGGAUAUUACCCGAAAAUCACCCAAAGUUCGAACAAUCGUACUUAUCCGGGUCGCAGUCGUAAUCUACAAUUGAACGAUCUAAACCGUGUGGAAGACCAGGUAGUUGUAACAAUUGCCGAGAUGGAACUAUGGACUGGUAGAAUAUUCGAAGCAAUUGACUCCGGGUUCGCAAUGUCUGCUAACGGUCAAAGGAUUCCUCUUGACAAUAAACAAGGAAUCGAUGUUCUUGGGAAUAUUGUUGAACAGUCAGCACUUUCCCCGAAUGUGAACUUCUACGGUAGAUUACAUAUCGAAGGACAUAACAUGCUUGCCUACAUACACGAUCCAAACAAUUCGUUUCUGGAAGGUUUCGGCGUAGUCGGUGACAACACAACUUCUAUGCGAGAUCCAGUCUUUUUUCGCUGGCACCAACAUGUGGAUGACAUCUUUGAGCGACAUAAGCGCAGAUUUAAACCAUAUGGCAAAGACGAGCUUUCCAAUUCAAACAUUGAGAUCAACUCUAUUGAUAUAACGCUGAAUCGUCCCGGAGCAAAGAACAAUGUUCUUCUGACCUUCUGGCAAAGAUCUCAAGUGGAUCUCGGAAUCGGACUUGAUUUUGGACCCGAUGGAACUGCAUUUGUUACCUUCACCCACAUUCAGCAUGCUCCCUUCAGCUAUCAAAUCAAAAUCAAUAACAGUGGCAGAACCCCCAAGCGUGGCACAGUUCGCAUCUUUAUAGGACCCAUAACCGAUCAAAGUGGCAGGAAUAUCCCAUUCCACGAUAAACGCCGUUGGAUGAUUGAACUAGAUAAAUUUAGCGUUAAUUUGAACCCAGGAAAUAAUAACAUCGUACGCCGUUCGGAACAAUCAAACCUUACCAUUCCGUACGAACGAACGUUCCGUAACGUUGUGGCAUCCACUCAACCGAAUAGCGAUCAGUUCAGAUUCUGCAACUGCGGGUGGCCUUCGCACAUGUUAAUUCCGAAAGGAACUCCCCAGGGAACUCAGUUUGAUAUGUUUGUCAUGGUUUCCAACUACAAUGACGACGCUAUAAACCAGCAAUUUGACGAAACCAUACCAUGCGACGAUGCUCACAUGUUCUGUGGCCUACGUGACCGACUCUAUCCCGAUGCGCGCAGCAUGGGUUUUCCGUUUGAUCGUGUAACGCCUCCAUCCGUAUCCAGUCUGAACGAUUUUGUUAAACCUUACAAGAAUAUGGCCCUCAAUCAAGUUCAGAUACGUUUCACCAAUACCGUCAUUGCCAGAUCCUGAGUUGAAACUUCGCUCCAUUACAAAAUUAUAUGGUUUAAUAUACCGCAAAGUGCCAUAAUUUUGCGCAGCGCUUGCAGAAUUCCGUGCAUUAAGGCAAAAUUUUGCAGUAUAUUGCUAUUUUAUUUGAAUUUAUUAGGCCAUAGCUUCGCAAAAUUAUGGUACUUUACGGUGCCUACUUUUAAAACGAAUCGAAAACGCAAAUAUAUCUUCUUGUUGCAAUCAAUGUCCAUGAAUCGCAUAGAGACAAACAGUAAC